CUGCUGACAUUCUCGGAGGCUCUUAGUGUGAAGCGUUACAGAUGGCGCCCCUGUAUGUAAACAAAACAUCAGUCAGCUGUCGCACAUGGUAACAUAUUUGUGGCCGCUAAUUAUAUACUUUAAUUUAAACGAACUGCAGCUCGUAAUGGCUUCGUUGGCCGCGCGCGAAUAUGUUGAUUGCAUCCGUCACACACGCGCUUCUUCAUACUUGGUGAAACUUGUUCGACCGCGGCAUUUCUCAAGUUUUCGUGAGAAGUGUGAUGUGUGUGCAAGCAAGUGAAAUCACUCUUCUUGAAGUGUACAGAAAUGGAGCUGAAGCGGCUGCCUACCGAAGUAGUAAGCAAGCUGAGGGCGGGAGUCGCAGUCGUGAGUGUCGCGCACUGUAUGGAAGAACUCGUUCUGAACGCCUUGGACGCCGGUGCAACGUGUGUUGCUGUUCGUCUGAAUAUGUCCUACCAUAAAGUUCAAGUUGUGGACAACGGUCAUGGAAUGCCGAGGGAUCAGCUUGAAAACUGUGGGGAAAGGUACUGUACCAGCAAAUGCAGCACACUCAGCGAUUUGGAGCACCCGAAGUUUUACGGAUACCGCGGGGAAGCUGUAUCAAGCAUUGUGGAAAUGUCCGGAAUAGUCCAGAUCGAGUCCAAGUCAUCCACAUGUGCCCAUUCGUGGUGCAAAACGUUUGCCCGCGGUAAACUCCGGGAACUCGCACCGUCCGCCACAAACAGACCAAGCGUCGGCACCACAGUCACAGUUUUGGACUUCAUGUACAACUUACCUGUCAGAAGAGGCUGCCUCUCAGAAGCAAUCGACUUUGAAUUCUGCCUUCAACACCUCGAAGGCAUCGCGCUGAGCCAUCCGGAAGUGUCGUUCACUUUGCGCAAUGACGUUACCGGUGAAAAACACUUUCAGACACACAAAACGAAUUCCGUACUUGAUAUCUUUGCUCAACUGUUUGGAGCUCAAAGAGCAGCGACACUGAAGCGCACUUUCAUCAAGAAAAAGCACUUCGCUGUAGAAGCGUACAUUAGUCUUGAAGGACACACUACAAAACAGCUGCAGUUUGUGUACCUCAACAAGCGCCUGCUGCGCAAGACUCGCAUUCACAAGCUUUUUCACAAUGUCAUCAAAAAGUAUGUGCUUGGGUUUCACACAAAGUCAGUGGCCCUCCCCGGAAGUCCAAGCAAGCUAAGAAACAAGCAACCUGUGUUCGUCAUCAUUUUUGACUGUACCUCUAGGACCUUCGAUAUCACAUACGAACCGCAAAAGACUUUUGUGGAGUUCACUGAUUGGGACGAAGUGACAAAGUUGUUUGAACAGCUGCUUAAUGACUUCCUACACGAGCACGCCAUCAUAAGCCACAACUUUGUCAUAAAUGGUGAGCUAGCAUUCUCACAGAAAACGCCUCCUGAAUGUGAGCCACCAGUGAGAACCGAUUUGAACAUCAACAUUGAAAAUGUGCCAAAUGCACUGGUUUCAAGGAAGGUAUGCAGAAAGGGGCCAAACAAUGUAGCAGAACCUGUUGAAGAGGAACGUAUCACAUUAGAAGACAUUGCUGUUUCUACAGUGCACUCAGCCAGUGAAAAACAUUUAGGGCAUACUGAAAUGCCGUUGGUGCAUAGUUUGAACACAAAGGCUGACAUGCCCCAAGGCAAGGACGUAGGUGCUCAUCGUCCCAAAGUUGCAAUUGCCCUACCGCCAUCUUUUUCAGCUGUCUCAAGUACAAGACCAUUGCUCUGUAUGCCAGGAAAUGACACACUCUUGGGCAUUGGCAAAAAAUGUAACUUCGUGAAGCGAGGUCAGUCUAGAACAAUGGAUUCUGAACAGACAUGUGGUAGAGCAAAGCAGUGCAAUGUUCCUGAAGACAUUCAUACUCAGAGAUAUAGGUCUGCUUACCAUCACCAAAAUAAUCCAAGAAGUACUGAUGCAGCAAGUCCCCGGAACACAGAUAUGGUACACGGGUUUAUUCACAAAGAGUCUAACUGCCAUAAACGGGCAGUGUCCUUGGCUCCAAAAACAAAUUUAUGUAUCAAAAACACUAAAAAUGCACCUGUAGUUGCAUGUACGGAAAAAAAGAGAGAACUAGCUGCGAAACAUUCAAACUCAAGCGAUGAAUCACUCAUCAGGAAACUUUAUUGCAAGUAUAAUUCAAGCCCAACGAGCUAUCACCAAAAUAACCCAAAAAGGAAGAUGAAUGACACACCAAUUCCACAGCAAACAGAUGUAGUACACAAGCCCUCCCAUAAAGAACAUGGUUGCCAUGAAAGAACCAUGUCUUAUAACCCAGAACACACAUUGCACAUCGAAAGUGCUGGAAAUGCACCUGUAGCCACAUGUAUGGAGAAGACAAGGCAACAAGCUUCAAAAAAUUUGCACUCAAGUGAAGAAACACUCAGCAGAAAAAUGCAUUGCAAAGAUAAUUCAAGUGAUGCGAGUGACGCUUGUGAUGCAUCCAACAACUUGGUGGCUGUCCCUUCAGAGAAGGCGCAAGGUCAUGCAGCUGCAAUUAUUGACCCCAUAUUUUCACAGAGUCACACUCUCUCCACCAAGUCAAUACCUCUGGCCACAAAGCUACACCGAAGAAUGAAAACUCACCUUCUCACCACCAAGCAUGCAAGUGCUACACUCACAUCUUUUGCUACUCCUGACAUCCAAUCGUGCGAGGCAGCAGCUCGUUCUUGUGCAACGAGUGAGUCAUUCAUGCAGACAGCAGAUUUCAGAUGCUUGUGUGUGCAGGUGCAACAGCUCUGCCCCUUGCAUGGCACAGAAGUCAUACGUAGUAAAGUACUUAGAUUUGACCGACGUGCGCUUCAGCAUGACGUGGAAAAUGCCCUUGAUGAGACAAUCAAAUCAGCAUGUCAGACACAGAGGUUCAUACCAGAAACAUCGGCAGAGCCUUUCACUUGCUCAGAUCAUCAUGAAUCUUAUUUCACCCUAGGUCAGAACAAGGAAACAACCGCGACACUUGUGCAGAGCACACAACCUUUCACAAUGCAUGCAGAAACGAAGAGCGACCCCGCUACCUGUGAAGUGGUGGAAAUGGCCUCUCUCAGUGGUUCUUCUGUAGAAAUUGAUGGAAUCAGUUCCAGUGAGGAGUUCGCACCAGCUAUCACAGCGGAAGAUCAGUCGACAGAAGCCCCUCAAGCCACGUCCACAUCACCACCAUGCAUCGGCCAUGGGAGUUCAGAAAGUGGCCGUGUACCGACUGCUACAAGAAGCUCUUUUUCACUCAGUCAAGUGCGGCUGAUUCAAAACAACACCCAAAAACAUCCAAAUCCAAGUGAAAAAAUAUCCAAAACUUGUAAGGAGGGUGUAACAUGCAGCCUCUUUUCUGCAAGUCCACAGAAAAGCGCAUCGAAGCAUAUAACGGUUACAAAGACAUUACAUGUCGCUGAAAUGAUACCUCCUUGUAUGAAGAAUGACAGUUCGUGGAGCAUAGCAACCACUGAAGAUGAACUGGAAGGUCUCACACAGCCGUCACCCGUUGAGAAUCCAUCACAGCAGUCAAGUAAAUGCAAAGAACCUAACACAUUUGGCACUGAAACCAUGCAGCAACAACUUGCUAGCCUUACAGAGGGCUCUGCUGCCAUUCAAGGAGACCAACCUCCUGCUGUCAUCGUUGAACAGAGCAGAGCAGAUGAUAAUAUGUCCACUGUUGAGGUUUACCCUGGUAACUGGGCAGCAUGUAUAGAUCCAACAUCGGGUGAAAAAGUGUUCAUCAAUAUGACGUCAGGAAACUCAUCUUUUAGCUUACCAUCACUUUGCCUCGAGCAAGAGAACCAUGCUACGACAGAAGCUCGUGACACAGCGCAACAAAGAAACUCUUCCUUGGCUCCCGCUCCCUUCAUACAACAGUUUCAACCCAGGCCCCAAGAUGAACGGCCACAGUUUGGGUGUUCACCAGAUCCCGAGCAAGCAGACGUUGCAAACAUAGUCCGUGUAUGGAACAACCCAGCCCUUUUGUGCAGCACCACAGGCCAGGAUAUUGUGGAUGGUGGGCUGCACUCGAACGAUGGUGGCCCAGGGCCAAUGUACAGGAUCACACAGUCGUACAAGUUCAGGAAGGAGAUGCUCGCUUACGUUCAGUUAAUAGGUCAAGUGGAUGCAAAGUUCAUCGCCUGCCUCAUGCCUUUGUCUCAAAACACGGUUGUUCAGGGAGAGAGUCUGAUUGUGCUGUUUGACCAACAUGCUGCUCACGAGAGAGUUCGGCUUGAGUGGCUGUUAGAGAAUCAAUACGAGGCAAGAGGACAAGCACGAUGCGUUCGAUCCUCAGCAUUGAACAUGGACCUGACCAUUACCUUGGAACCUGACACCCUUCGACGGGCGGUGAUUUGCGAGAGAGAAAUGCGCAAGCUUGGCAUCCACUACACUGUCCAGAACUCCAGCUUGUCAUUCAAUCGUCUUCCUGCGUGUCUCCUAGAAAGAGAUGAAAGCGAGCAGCGAGCUGGCCGGCCAUCGACCCUUGCAUCUCGUAUGGAGGAGCUCCUCAGAGACCACACAGAAGUGCUGUUGGGCACGAGGCACAGUGCUAUUGCCUUGCCAAAAUUCCUGAUGGAUGUGCUCAGCUCCCAGGCAUGCCAUGGUGCCAUCAGGUUUGGAACUGUGCUGGAAAAGUCAGAGUGCACCAAGAUCUUGAGAGCCCUGUCAAAGUGCACGCUGCCUUUCCAGUGUGCCCACGGGAGACCGUCUGUUACGCCGAUUGUGGAUCUGCGAUUCUUGCCAUCUGAGGAGAAGGAAUGCCGGAAGCCUAACUUGGCUACUUUGCUUGCAAGGCUGAAGAGCAACAUCAACCCUGAGAUGAUGGUGGUGAAGAUUAACUAGGGAGAUGUCUGUUCAGGAAUGCCAACAAGCAGUUGUAGUUAUGAAUGAAUUGACUGCGAGAGCUGUGAAUAUGGCAAUGCUGCCUAUUAAAUAAAAUCUCUAUGGGUCUUA